GGGAGACACAUAAGUUAUAUAAAGUAAAGUAGUUGUAUUGAUGAUUGGUAUAGAGUAAGAGUUAAUAGUCUCAUAAAUAAGUAAGAAUAUUAAGGGAAUUUGGUAAUAUAAAAUAAUUUUGAUAAAAACUAUUGCAAUGGGCAUUUGUAAGAGCAUACCGGUAUCUCCUGAAGACUUACCUACAAUGGAUUCAAGCGGACAUAAACAAUCUGAAACAGUGAUAAAAGAGGAUGCUACUGUUUAUUAUGAUGAGAAUAAAAUCAUAAUUAUAUAAGCACUCUAUAGAGGUCAUAAAGUACGUAAAUCACUUUUGACGACUUUGCAAUCUCCAGAGACUUCAGCACCAACUUAAGUAGAACCUUCUAAAUUUUGUUUUGAUCCUAACUAACUUCAUGAUUAUGAUUAAUCCUCAAUAUUGAUGAAGAAUGGAGCUAUCUAUACAGGAGAAUGGAAAGAUGGAAAGGCAAAUGGAAAAGGUAAAUAUUAAUUGCAAGAUAGGUAGUAUCAUAAUAUUUAUUAUUCUUAGCUAUGUUGAAGGAACAGUAAUAUAUUUAUAAUAUUUCCAUAGUGGACUUCAAAUGAAUUAUAGGGAGAGGCUGUAUAUGUGAAUGGCACUGAAAUGUAUAAAGGAUAAUGGUUAGAUAGUAUGUUCCAUGGAAUAGGCGAGUAUGUUUAUUCUGAUGGUCGCAUUUAUUAAGGUAUCAUAUGACAUAAUAUACUAGGUGAAUGGAGAAAAGGAUUAUAACAUGGAAUGGGUAAAGAGAUAUAUAAAGAUAAAUCUAUUUAUGAAGGGAAAUUUAAGGAGGGCAUGAAGAAUGGACUUGGAAUCAUCAAAUUAUCUGAUGGUUGUAUUUAUGAAGGAGAUUUUGAAAAUGAUUAAUUUCAUGGUUAUGGAAUAUUUGUAUAUAGUCUUUCUUAUUUAUAUAGAUUUGGACAGAUAGGAAUAAGUUUUAUGAAGGUUAAUGGAAAAAUGGAUCUAAACAUGGAAAUGGUACUAUGAAAUGGGGAGAUGGUAUAUUAUCAUUUGUUAUUUAAUUUAUUUUUAAGGUCGAAUUUAUUCUGGUCAAUAUAAAGAAGGACUUAAACAUGGAUAUGGAGAAAUGUAAUACUAGGAUGGUCGUUGUUAUAAAGGAUAAUGGAAAUGUGGAUUGUAAGAUGGAAUUGGAAUUUUUAUAGAUAAAUAAGGAAAAUAAAAAAAAGGGUUUUGGGUUAAAGGAAAACUUAAAUAAUGGCUAUGA